UUCUUUUUUUCAGGGAGUUGUCAACCCUUGUCAACACCCACUUAUUACCUUAGUUUAGUUUAGCUACAAGAAACACAGUAUGGCCAGGCUAACACUUAGCUUAGAUUUAUUAAACUAAAACGUCUGGCAAAACUAACACUUAGUUUAGCAUUAAGUCUAAUUGGGUAAACAGCCAUUUAGCGUAGUAUCAAGCUAACACCCUCCUGCUUAAUUUAGCAUACACUUAGCUUUUUUUUUGACAAGCAGGAAGAUUCCCAAAAACGUGAUUCUAAUAUUCCUCCCACCUCCAAAGACAUGCACCUGGGGAUAGGUUGAUUGGCAACACUACAAUGGUCCCUAGUGUGUGAAUACCCCAGAAUGAGGGCGACAACAACAACAUGACUUUCACUUCCAAGAACCAGGAAGUAGGCAGAAAGAACUAUAAGAGAACUCCCAUCUCGCACAAAGUGAUCGAGAAAAGAAGACGAGAUCGCAUCAAUCGCUGCCUAAACGAACUGGGCAAAACUGUACCCAUGGCACUGGCCAAACAGAAUUCAGGCAAACUGGAAAAAGCAGAAAUCUUGGAGAUGACAGUUCAAUAUCUGAGGGCGCUCCACUCCGCGGAUUUCCCCCGAGGGAGAGAAAAGGGAGAAUUGCUGGCCGAGUUCGCCAACUACUUCCACUACGGCUACCACGAGUGUAUGAAGAACUUGGUCCACUAUCUGACCACGGAAGACCGGGCCGAGACCAAAGACAUCAAGUACGCACGGAUCCUCGCCUUCCUGCAGUCCAAAUCCCGCGCCGUCACGGAGCCGGUCUUUGGCUCUGUGGGCGCCGGGCCCGAACCGUCGGACUAUUUGGGCCAUCAACUGCACUCGUCCCCGGAGCACCACAGCCCCGCGGAUGCCGUGUACGUGCACCCGCCGCCGCCGCAACAGCAACAGCAGAGUCCCCCGGCAGGACACUUGGCCUGGCACGGCUCGGCACGCGGCCCGACCAUCUCGUACCAACCCGUCGCGCUGAGCGCGCACCCACAGCAGCACGGUGGUUACUUGUCACCCGUGCAGGGACUCGAACACCAUCACUAUUUCAACUUCCUAGGCCACACGCACCACAACACGUUUAGUUUACAUAGCGCACAACACGCCAUGUAACACACACACUCAUUGCCUUUGUGUCGGUUUUAUUUAUGUUGUACAUUUUGUAAAUAAAUGUUUCUUAUACUAAAUUGCAGAGGUGGGACCAAGUCAUUGUUUUGCAAGUCACAAGUAAGUCUCAAGUCUUUGCCCUCAAGUCCGAGUCAAGUCCCGAGUCAAGA